GUCAAUCAGUCUCCCUAACAUAAAAUGUGUCAACACGUGCACCCUCAGAGCUAUACUGAAUUAGGGAGACCUCGGGGCUUUGUAAACUUUGAUUACACACACGUGUUUUAUCGCCGUUCAGUCGUGCUCACACUUCUGACUAAACAUUAGACAUGUAAUUGGGUCAUCAUCGAUUCUCAAUGACUGCCAUAAACUUCUACUUUCGCAGAACACAACACGUCUCUAUACAAUUUAUGUGACACCCAGCAGAAAAUUUGCAUCAAUUGUUCUUGCACGCCGCCCGUACCGCAGAAUACAAAAAUUGGCUCCUGGACGGGUGAUAGAGUUUCUCUAUAAGACCUCUACAGACUGCAUCUAAUCUACCUAACCAAGAUUCAGUUUCAAUCGGAACCAUUUCUGCAACACGUCACGACUUACAGAGAGUAAGGGUAACUUCCUGGAUAUGCCGCCUUAAGGAUUCCUAAUAGAAAGCGAAGAUCUAUCCGGAAACACCCCCUAGCUUCACCGCAGUAAGGUCAGUUGUGGAGGAUGCAGAAUUUCUUUGUAUCGAUCAAACGACAGGAGAAAAAAGAGGGAAAUCGAUCGAUAUCGCCGUCACGGCUGACGCUCAACUGACAAGAAACAAACGUUCCGGAGAAACGAUCACUCCGUGCGGAAACCAUCAAAUUCCAUUGAUUUAUCCUAAUGCUCUGACAUUCAUUUGUAAACUGGGGAUACCCAUCCAUGUUUGAAAAAAAAAGUAUCGGAAAAUGAUGUUGUGAAACACAACCUUAAAGACAACUGAUGAUUAGCGCAAUAAUCACUGUGUAGUAUUGAUCGAAGUCCAAAGGCAGACUCUCACAAAUUAAAUCAAACAGCGAUUACGGAGACUCCAGUUCUCAGCUUCAGAAGAAUAGUGUGUUAUGCAAUGGCGGAGUGAGUUAAUUAUGAUGUCAUGGAUUUCGUGACAAAAUUUGACAUCGAGUUGGACAAGGACAUUUACUAUGCUGGUGAGACGCUUACUGGACACAUGAUAGUACAGAAUACUGAGAACAUCAAGGUUCAAGGGAUACGGAUUCUUUUGCGCGGGAAAUCCCACGUGGAAUGGAAGAUCACUAAGGCGGGAGAGAGGAGGAGCGUGAAGGAUGACGAAUAUUAUGUCGAUGAAAAGAAAGUCGUGUGGGGGAAAGAUAAAAAAGAAAUUGAAGGAGGAGUACCCAUCAUGCCUCGGGGCAACCACAGAUACAACUUCCAGUUCAAACUUCCGGAGAGUACACUUCCGUGUUCAUUUGAGAGUAAAGUCGGCACCAUUCGAUAUUACUUGCGCGCGACAAUGGACAUGCCCGUGUCUUCCUCCCCACAAAGCAAAAAAUACUUCACAAUCAUUGGUCCACACAUCGACUGCAUGGACGAGCGCUACCUGACACCGAUCCGCGCCAGCGAUAAGCGGUACUCUUGUUGUUUCUGCUGCUCACAGGGCCCUGUUUCAUUAGAGGUUGUCCUAGAAAGAAGUGCCUAUUGCGCAGGAGAAAACAUCAAGCUUCGCGCAGAAAUCCAAAAUGGCAGUGACCAGGACGUGUGGCUGGUCUGUAAACUCGUGCAGCAUGUUGAAUUUUUCAUCAAUAAAGGGGUACUAGGUUUAUGCAAAGAGGCGUCUCACAAAGUCUGGCAAUACCGCGGAGAAACAGUGAGCGCUCACGGAACCGAAAAGUUUGACGACCUUCAGCAUCACCUUCAGCUUCCAGUGGUCCCGCCCUCGCUGGUGGACGUGUGUAGUUUGAUUCAGAUCUACUACACUCUCAAGGCUUGUUUAGUGAUGGAGGAUUCGGGUGAAGUUCUAGACCUCCAUUUUCCGCUGACAGUAGCGACCACGCCUUAUAGAAUCUCUAAUGCACCUUAUCCUAUCUUACAGUAUGAUCACUGUGUACCUAACGUAGAGGGGGGUAUGUACGUCAGUUCAGAGUUCCAAUUGGGUCAAGUGUACAUGGGUGACGGGGAGGAAGAGACGGACGAGGUCAUCCUUUACCGCCCCCUGUAUGUCUGUGUACCUCACGAACGUCUCCUAGUCAACAACGUAGAGAAAGAAGGCGGGGUCAGUCGCGUGGCUUCCCGGAUGUCGAUGACGAGGCUGAGCGACAGACUGAAAUUCAAGGAACCAAGGGUCCCCGAAAUAUCUUUAUCCUCAGAAAAAAUAGACUUACCGCAUACCAACAGUGACGACGCGUUACCUUCCCACGUGACCUCCAGUAAGGACGGUCUCUCACCCCUGUUUGCACAGGUUGACCUUGAAUCACAAUUUAAUCAGAAACACUCGUAUGACGGUACAAAAGGAGAGCUUGAAGACCUCUGUGAGUCGGAAACAGAGACGGAAACUGUUGUAUCAAUACAUAAGACUGAUGCAAAUGACCCAGAGAUCAAGGCCAACCUCAAUGUGACGAUUGCUAAUCUGGAAACCUCUCAAACGAAUACAUAAUUGUCUACAUGACGCCGCGUAAUACUUUAUAAGACAACACAUGACGUGUGUCUAAGACUAGAGUUACGUUAUAAAUCAAUCAAUUUUUAUGGAUCUACAAAUUAAACGAAAUAAACACAUUGUUUAGCAUAAGAAAAUGUAAAUAAUGCACCCCCAGGGACCAAGAAAUCUCUAUUUUAUCUUAAAAGUCAGCACUCUUCACAGCAGUGUCGUCAUGCGGAAACCGUCUAUAUAUUAUGUUUAUAAGCAGUAAAUUAGCUCAGUAUUGAAACAGGAAAGGGAUUUUUCAGAUCACGUGUUGACAAUGGUCUCGCAACGUGUAUAUAUGGACUGACUGGGUAUAAAUUUGGUGGUAGACUUCGCAGCCUUUACUAGAACACAACAGAAAUAAACUGUGCGAUCUGGCAAAAUAAAAUGUGAAUUGCGAGCAGACAAAAACAAUCAAAUUGAUAAUUGACGUGAAGUUACUUUGCUUCUAUGCAACACAUGAAGGUGUUUGUAGUGAUGCUAAAUCUGGUUGUUCUUCUAAUAAGAUUACUGUAUGCAAAUCGACGUGUAAGCCGGGGAUGUUGUGUAGAAUUGUUCUGUUUUAUCCUGACAAUAGUUUUUACUCAGUACUGGUAGUAGUGGACCGUCUUACAGAUGAGGCGACCAUUCAUGUUGUCAAUCACAGAAUCACAGAUUUUUAAAUGUUUGUUAUGGUAUGUUGAGGGCUUACUUUUUAAAAACUGUUUAUAAAGAAACCCUAUUGCACACUUUUAUCAUGCAUGAUAUAAACAAUAUUUAUGUAUGCAGUAAAA